UCUCCAUCAGUAAUAAUGGCAGCAAACUCUGAAGUCAACAGCGAUUCUGAGAUGGCAGAGUGUACAGUAGCCCCAGUAGCAAUGGAGGACAGUGACCAUGAGGUCGACUCGGCAUCAGAUGAGCAGGACUCUAUGCCAGCGUCACCUGAGCCCAGGAUGCAUGAAGUGGAAAAGCACUUCCCUAAGGAAGACUCGGAGGACUCGGAGCUGGAGCACAUCAUGGGACAUCACCCGCCCAGAGAGGGCCACCCGUUCGCCCACCCCGGGCCCCAUAAGGCCGAUAGUGAGGGUGAGGCUCACAGCAGGCCUCACACCCCAGGAACACCCACCUUCCUGAGGCCCGCAGCGGCACCCAGGGGCCCCGGAGAGUUAGAGCACGAGUCCAGACACGGGGCUCAGCGGGGCCAUGUGGACUUUAGCCUGUCGUCUCCCAUCAGCCCAUCCAGGCCUAAAAGUCCCUGGGGUCGCUUUGACCCCUAUGAAUCUGCUGAGGACCAGGACAAGGAAUAUGUCGGAUUUGCUACUUUGCCAAAUCAGGUUCACCGCAAAUCUGUGAAGAAGGGCUUUGACUUUACUUUAAUGGUAGCAGGAGAGUCAGGUUUAGGAAAGUCCACUCUGGUCAACAGUCUGUUCCUUACAGAUCUCUACAAAGACCGAAAACUGCUCAAUGCUGAAGAGAGGAUCACUCAGACGGUGGAGAUCACCAAACACACAGUGGACAUUGAGGAGAAGGGCGUCAAACUGAAGCUCACUAUCGUGGACACACCAGGAUUCGGGGAUGCUGUCAAUAACACUGAAUGCUGGAAGUCGGUGGCAGACUACAUAGACCAACAGUUUGAGCAGUACUUCAGAGAUGAGAGUGGACUGAACCGCAAGAACAUUCAGGAUAACCGAGUGCACUGCUGUCUCUACUUCAUUUCACCCUUCGGUCACGGUUUGAGGCCUCUGGACGUGGAGUUUAUGAAGGCUCUUCAUGAGAAGGUCAACAUUGUUCCUGUACUAGCUAAAGCUGACACACUCACACCAAUGGAGGUCAAGAAAAAGAAAAUCAAGAUUCGAGAGGAGAUCGAACAAUACGGAAUAAAGAUCUACCAGUUUCCAGACUGUGAUUCAGAUGAGGAUGAGGACUUCAAACAGCAAGACCAAGAGCUCAAGGACAGCAUUCCCUUUGCUGUGAUUGGCAGUAAUACAGUAGUGGAAGCAAAAGGCAAGAGGGUUCGAGGACGUCUGUACCCUUGGGGAAUUGUAGAAGUGGAGAACCCAGCACACUGUGACUUCGUGAAGUUGAGGAACAUGUUGGUACGAACACACAUGCAAGAUCUGAAGGAUGUGACCCGGGAAACCCACUACGAGAACUACAGAGCCCAGUGCAUCCAGAGUAUGACCCGCAUGGUGGUGAAAGAACGCAAUCGCAACAAACUGACCAGGGAGAGCGGCACCGACUUCCCCAUUCCCAUGGUGCCCAGCGUCACUGACGAGACGGAGAAGCUCAUCCGAGAGAAAGACGAGGAGUUGAGACGAAUGCAGGAAAUGCUGCAGAAGAUCCAGGAGCAGAUGCACACACAGAAAGAGGCGUAUUAACGGCGCUCGCUCGGAUCUUCAGCGCCGUCCUCUCCACCGGCACCUUCACAUUACUGCGGUAUCACUGAACAUGCUAGACCCGGCUGAGUGUGCCGUCCAUGUCAGAACAGAGCAGCCUUUCACUACAAACAUCUCACUAACACAUGUCUGGGUCACAUUUCAGAAUAAUAAUAACAACAAAUAAUAAUAAAUUCUUUGAUUUUUGAGGUGAAAUUUCACCCAGACAUGUUGAUAUGAAUAAAGGUUCAUUUUUGGCAUGAAGGUUCUUUUGGAAGGGUUCUUCUAUGACAAAAACCUUUAUUCUGUACUAGUUUAUUGUUGUUUCCAUUCUGACUGACACGUUAUUCAAUGUAACUUUGUUCUUGUUUGAAUAUAAAGGCGCUCAUGUGAAGGCGUCUGGUUUAGGGGCGGUGAAGACAACAGCCCUUUAACCACUUUGCUUGUUGUCCAAUAUGUGUUUCUACCCCAAGAUUGUUUUAUAAUUGCUUGAUAUCGUAGGAUAGACACGAUGGAAUUAUUUAAUUUUUUUUUUCUACAAUGUGUAACUUUAUUUUGUACAAUGUUCAUUAAUUGCAUCGGUUGUUAUGUAUGUCUUUGGUUUUGUUUGUAUUUCUAUACAAAACUGCAAAAUGGCUUCUUUUAGAAAGUUUCUAAAUGAAAAAAAAAAAUUGUUUUAUUUUCUUAUUGGAGAAAUAAAGUACUGUAGAGAGAUAUUUUUGUUAACACAGCUAACACAUAUUGUUUCUCCUCUGGAUAAGAUGUUCCUGGCCUUGAACUCAUUCUGCAAGUGCAUGUUUAAAGAAGAAACGUCUGAUUCUGUUCUCUUGGUGCGAUCGUGUAUAGAAACACAGUUUAGUGAUACUCAGUUUCUGAGCAGUAAAAAACAUUGAUGUCUAUGUCACAAGUUGAAGAUCUUUGACGACUGGUGGUCAUGUGAUCCGCUCAGAAGAGAUCUCAAAACAGACAUUCUGACAAAACAUGAAUGAACCAAUAUGCUUCUGCUGUUUCAGUUGUGGUGAGGGUGCUCAUUGUAAUAUCUGUGUUAUAGACAUGGUGUUACAGUCUAUAGAAAUAAAUUAUAUUUCUCCUGCAUCAUAUAUAUUUUCUUGGGUAAUGUUGGUGAAACAAAGAACACUUAGUAAACAGUGUUGAGGAAAAAAAAAUAAAAACCCUUGAAAUAGAGUGUUGGGUCAGAGGUGAAUAAAUCCAUUUACUAUG